ACGUGUCGACGUCACCGCUUGGUUUUUUACUGUGAACGCCAAAAUAAAACGAGUAGAAACUUUUCUAUCGGACUCAUAACUGGAAACACAUGGCAGCCAGGGACUAAGGCUGCGAGAAAGCCCUUUUCCUCCGCGGUGUGAUGGUCGUCGGGACCCGGCAUUGUUCCCGCAGCAGAGGAGCCUUUUUUCCUGCCUUUCUUUCCCUCAGCGGUCGCACAGCGACAGGCAACAGCGACGUUAGCCGACCUGCUAACGUCAAGUUGGGAGAAAGUGGAGAGGAGACAGCGGCUAAACGGUUGGAGCUUAUCCGCCUACACAGACCUAUGCGACGGAUAGCAGGUGAGUGAUGGAGACGAGAGAGUUGACCGUGGUGGCUGCCAGCUUCGUGGGUUUCCAGCUUCUCUUCUCGGUGGCCAGCCCGCGGCUCUCCUACAUCAUCACGCCGGCAUACAAGGCGCUGCCCACCACCAAGCUCACCGAGUGGAACUCCAGGUUGGUGUCGACGGUGCACGCUCUGAUCGUGGGCUUGUUCUGCCUGUACAUCCUGUGGUUCGAUGAUGCGGUCAACGCCAAUCCCGUCUGGGGGGAUCCCAGUCUGGUCAAACUGAAUGUAGCCAUAACCUGUGGUUACCUCCUCUACGACCUGGUUCUGCUAGCAUGUAACUGGAGCACUAUGGGAGACAGCUUUUUUGUCUGUCACCACUUGGCGGCGCUCUAUGCAUACGGAUAUGUGCUGACACGAGGAGUGCUUCCUUACUUUGCCAACUUCCGCCUCAUCUCCGAGUUGUCCACGCCGUUUGUGAACCAAAGGUGGUUCUUUGAGGCAUUAAAGUACCCACGCUCGCACCGGUUGGUGGUGAUAAACGGCGUCGCCAUGGCGGUGGUGUUCUUCCUGGUGCGCACCGCGGUCAUGCCGUCGUACUGGGGCAGUGUUUUCGCCACUUUCGGCACCGCGGACUUUGAGCGGCUGGGCUUGGCCGCCCAGGUGGCCUGGAUCAGCUCCUGCAUCGCCCUGGAUAUCUUGAACGUUAUCUGGAUGUAUAAAAUCGCCCGCGGCUGCUACAAGGUCCUGACGGGGAGGGCAGGGGCUCGGAAAGCACCGGCGAAGGAAUCGGCCGAGAAGGGGUGUCUGUCGGACGAGAAGCACGCCAACAACCACACGGACUAAAAAACAAACAAACCGACAACCAGAGACGUAGAGCAAACGGUUAUGUAGACACAGACACGCGCAGGCAGGUAGGGAGGCUGGGCAGCAGCCUCUCUCUGUCGCUGUAGCCUCAGAGUCCCUCCCUCCAAAUCCCCAAAUCUCAGCCCCUUGUAGUUGGCUAGCGGACCGGGCUAACCGUCCUCCGGCCCGGACCCAGACCCACGAGACGAGGACGCUGCUCUUUGACUCACUCAGGCCUAGGGUUGGGCAUCGUUUGGGUUUUAACGAUUCUGAUUCCAAUCCCGAUUCUUCCUUUUUGAUUCCGGUUCUUUGAGGGUGGAGUUGAACUGGGUCACACUCUUAUUUCACAAAUAAGAGUGAAAGUUUUAUUUUGAUUCAAAAGCUGGGUUGCAGUUUAACGGGGCUUUUUCAACGUACAAUAAAGCCCCGCUAAGAGCUCCGCUUACUGAGCUCCACGGCUGCAACACAACAAGCGCCUGGUCGCUACGGAAACCCAAAACUUGUGCAUGUUAAAUCUGGAACCCCAUGAUCAGAUUUGAAACCAAACGAUUCAAAUAAAGAAACCAUUCCAAUGGAAUCGCAAUUUUUUUUGAACCGAUUCCAAGUAGGAAUGGGUUGUGGAUGCCCAGCCCUGCUCAGGCCCCAGCCAGCCUCUGCAGACUCAGUGUUAGCCUGCUGGCCCACUUAGCGAUUCAGUCGCGGUGACUAAAAGCAGAGCUCACAAGCACACUUUUUAACUCCCAUCUCUCCCUCGUCUCCCUCGCCUUUUCGUCUCAUCUCUCCCCCCUUCCCUCCCCUCCCCACCCCUUCUCUCGUGCUCAACUUCAGCCAAAGCCCGAUCCUGUGAAGUGCCUGUGAAAGACAGGAAAAAGCAAUAAUUGUGGAGGAAGGCGAGAGUCACCAAGUCAGAGCUUAGCCCCUUCAGACGACCACCAUCUCCACAUGGCUUCUGCACCCGAAAAAACUCCCAACUGGAGGCUUCUUCUGGCAUCAGUACUCCGUCCACGGUUGGGGAGACCUGGCCCGCAGGGCACCAUACUCUCAUGCCAGACCCGUACAGUGUUUGUGAACCUAUAGGGCUUCUUGUCUUAAACUCAUCAGACCUCACAAAAAAGAGACAGAAAAACACCACAAUGCCUCUUCUGCAGUAUCACCUGCUGUGGCCUCCUUGGAACAAACAAAUGGCUCCUGCCUAUAUCACCAGCCAUGCCCCUUUCAAACUCUGUACACAUUGGGAUUAUAUAUACAUGUGUGUUUAAAAAAAUACAAAACCAAGAGCAGGAGAGAGAAGGAAAGACGCUCUCAGACAUCCUGAGCUUCUCACAGGACGAUUUCUUUUCGUUUGCCUUUUCAUUAUUCCGUGUGUUGGCAUCACUGAGCAGCAGACCCCGAAAUGGUAUCUGCACAUGUUUCUCAUGUACGUCACUUUAUUACACUUUGUUUUAAUCGAUCGCACCAACCUUUCCACCGAAAGCCAAGCGUAAAAAACUUCAUUGCA